GCAAAUAAGUCCAUUAGUCAUAAACCCCUAAAAACCCUGAACCCUUUGGUUCACUGCCCUCUUUCUUUCUCACUUAACCACCGUCAUCUCCGCCGCUAGCCACCAUGGCUUUACAAUUAACCCGCCUCCGUCGAGCGUUAACGUCCCUCCCAACACUCCACCGCUCUUUAUCCUCUCCAAUAAUAACCCCAACUUCACCUCCGCUUCCUCUCUCCCAAAACCCUAUCGAAUCGUACUUAAAUUCGCCGUUAAUAUUCUCUCACUUCCAAACGCGGCUGUUUAGGGUUUCAGGGCCGUCGCUAUCUUCUUCGAAAAAGGAGUAUAGGGUUUAUAAAGAGGGAGAUGAGAUUACAGAGGAUAUGGUUUUAUUUGAAGGCUGUGAUUUUAAUCACUGGUUGAUUACUGUUGAUUUUCCUAAAGACCCGGCGCCUACGCCCCAAGAAAUGGUUGCUACUUAUGAGAGAAUAUGCGCCGAGGGGCUUCGUAUUAGUAUUGAGGAGGCGAAAACCAAAAUAUAUGCUUGUAGCACCACUACUUAUCAAGGGUUUCAGGCUGUGAUGACCGAAGAGGAGUCUGAGAAGUUUAAAGAUAUAAAUGGGGUUGUUUUUGUGUUACCGGAUUCUUAUAUUGAUCCACAAAACAAGCAAUAUGGAGGAGACCUAUAUGAGAAUGGUGUAAUAACACAUCGACCACCUCCAAUUCAAUACAAGAGGGGAGGAGGAAGAUUCAGAGACGGGGGGAACAGAAACCCUGAGCCGCGAAGAUAUCCAAUGCCAAAUCAAAGUGGGAGUUCCCAGAACAAUCAACAAGGUCCUCCGCCUCAAAAUAACGGACCUCCACGAUAUCCACCACAACAAAAUUAUGGACCUCCAGCGCAGCAGAACUAUGGACCUCCACAAAAUUAUCCACAACAGCAAAACUAUGGACCUCCACAAAAUCAUCAACCCCAGCAAAACUAUGGACCGCCACAAAAUCAGCCACCACAAAACUAUGGACCGCCACAAAAUCAGCCACCGCAUCAAAACUAUGGACCGCCAAAAAAUCAGCCACCGCAUCAAAACUAUGGACCACCACAAAAUCAACCACCGCAUCAGAGUUAUGGUCCUCCAGGCCAAUGGGAAAGAACGCCAAUGAACAGUGGGAAUCAUGAGGCAAAUAGAGGUCCAUAUCAGACCAAUCAGUAUACUGAAAACCCUAGGGGCUUUGCACAAGGAGGUCAGAGGGAUUUUAUGAGAGAGAACCAGAAUUUUUCACUGUCGCAGACUGGAGCUAAUGGACAAGGCACAACUAAUGCUGGUUAUGGACAGGUCCAUUCAGGUGAAGGUCAGAGAUUCUCACAGAUGGAGCAGAGGAACACUCAAGGUGAGCAAGCCAAUUAUGCACCGGCAGGACAAAGUGAAGCAAACCGGGGAAGGUUUUAGGAGACUCCAUUUGGACCUGGCAAUUGGGAGAAAGACUUGUAAAUCACUUUCUACCAUACACUUGAUCAGCUCUUUACCUUUAAGUUAUUAGGAGGGUAAGAAUCAACUUUCCCAUUUCGCAAGAACUUGUAUUCAGGUUGUGUUAACUGAAUAUUAUUGAGCAUGAUUUGCGCGUAACAGACGAAUGGUUGCUGGUUUUCCCUGUUCUUUAUUCUCAUUUCAUUCUCCCUUGAAGGAUUUGUUUCAAACAUGCACUAUUUUCUUUAACUCAUACAUGAUCUUUAUGUGAAAUGUUUGCUUCAUGGUC